AUGAGUGGAUUAGAGUUUCCGGACUACAUAGGAUCGAAAAUCUAUGUCACAGUAACCAGGGCACGCAUGCUGGUUGGCACUCUGGUGGCGACUGAUUCCGAGCUUAAUCUCUUGUUGGAUAACGUCGAAGAGAUCACGGCCGAUUCCAAUCGGAAACUUGGCCUUAUAAGCGUUCCCCAAGAUACAAUCAAGUCUAUAAAGAUAGAGGCUGCGCAGAUCACGGCCUUGGAAAAUUCAAAGCAAGCGUUUUCUCGCGAUAUUGUAUGA